UAACACGUCAGCUGAGGGAAACUGAAUGGAAACCAGAAAUGCGAAUUUAUUUCCCACAGUUGGACAAAAAUGCGUAAAUGGCCGAGCUGUUUUCUUGAAGGCUUAAAAUAUUUCUGGUAGAUAUGAUGUAAGGCCUUAUCUCAUAGUCUCAAUGCAUGAACGAGAGACUGGAAAGGCUCAAAUUGAGCGAGCUUGCUAGCUAUUAUGUUAGCUAGCUUGCUAGGCUAAAAAUACCGUUAUUCUUCGAUGAAGCUGAGGUAACUGCUCGGCAUUAGCCUGGAGUUGGAGCACACCCAGAGGGGUUGUUGACAUGUCGUCUCCAUCACCGGUUCAGAUCAGGGAGGCAAACGCACAUCUGGCUGCCCUGCACAGGAGGGUGGGAGAUCUGGAACAGAGAUUAGAAGCAGCCGAGAACACGGUGCGAGAACAAGCAGAGAGCCUGAUCCGCAAAGACGAACAGCUCAGAUCUGCAACUAGGGAGAUAACCGAGAAUAAGGACAGAGAGAUUUCCUACCUCCAUGAGAAACUUUGUCAGUCCGAGGAAUCUAUUCAGAAGCUCCAGCACAUGAUAAAAGAGAAGGAUUCCCUGAUUAGCCAGUUACAGCAUCGUUGUCAGCUGUUAGACAACAUCUGUAAAAACCGUCCCCUUUUGGACAGCAUGCUGGCCCAAAUGGCUGAGGUUGAGAGAAUGGGGCCUGUUACUGACUUGGGUAAGCACUCAGCGGAUUCCUCUUUAACGGAGGGAGAGUCCAACUGCAGCCCCGGCGGCCUUUCCAAUCACAAAGACUUUUCACUCAGCGAAGAUGACAUGGACGAUCCGGAAUUAGACGGCGUAAUGUUUGGGACAACAGUAUGAAAAGCUGAGCUGCAGGUUGUUUUUUUUUUUUUUCUUGACUUGGGAAUAUCAAGACUAUGAUUGCAGUAAGAAGGAUUGACCUGCAUUUGAUUAUUUAUUUUCUGUUCAUCUGUGUAUGUUUACUGGUCUGACAAAUGUAAUUCAUUAGAGUAGCAUGAGUGUGAUUCAGUGAGCCGUUUCUAUAGUAUUAUAUCAAAGCUGUGCUGGGAGAGCAGGUUUAUUUAAGGGUCCAUGCAGAGUGAUCUUAUGAUGCAUGCACAGCCCAAUUUACAGUGUACAUUUUAUUUUAAAUUAUAUAUAACAUAAUUAGUAUAUGUUAACUGACUGUCAUUAGUUGAUUAAUAGCUUUUACCCAAGUAUGAUACAACAUACAAAAAAUAUACAAAACAGUCAAAAGGUACUAGGCUUACAUAAUGAAUGUGAACAACACUUAAAGCUGCCUAACCAUCAAAAUGCCAAACUAGCUUUAAGCUGCUCUAAAAGGUUGAACAAAUAAAUACGCAACCCAUAUCAAAGCUGUUCUUGACAGCAUUAGAUAAUAUAACAUGAUCAGCCGUGUCCUGCUAUUAUAUUCAGGCAUGAGGCCAAAAACCCUACUAAAUUUCCUGUUAAUGAUUUAAACACUUUGUUAAUAAUCACUGUUUGUAAUUUAAAUGUUUUUUAUGCAUUUCUCCUGAUUUAUAGCACGUCCAAUGUUUACCCAGUUGCGUUAUGCUUCCUCUCUACUGGUGCUGACCCCCACCCCUGAUUGAGGAGAACGAACUGACACAUCCCCUCGACACGUGAGCAGUAGCCGACUGCAUCUGUUCACCUUCACAAAGCGAGUUCAUAUGCGGAUCAGCCUUGUGCAUGGAGAGCUCUGCCAUUCGACUGGGCUGGGCGUCUGCAUGAACAACGAUUGGCUAUUGUUUAUACAGGGUGGGAAGCCGGACCAGGGACUCCUCAUAAGUGAUGCAAUUACAGCCUCUAUUGGCUGAUUGAUGGCGCCUGCACAGAGCCGAGGAAUAAUGCAUUGAUCAGGGUGUGGCUCUCCGUACACAAAGCUGAUCCGCAUAUGGACUCGCUUUGUGCAGGUGAAAAGAUGCAGUCGGAGGGGGCGUGUGUCAGUUGCGGCGCUCCUCAGUCAGCAGUGGAGGUUAGCGUCGGUAGAGGAAGCGUAAUGCAAUCAGGGUGAUUGGGUACGACUAGAUUAGGGAGCAAAAUUAGAGGAAAAAUUGCAAAACAGAAAUUUUCACAUUACAGUAACAAUAAAAUUGUUUAGUUGCUUGUGGUAAUGAAAAAGGCAAAUACAGUAAAAAAAUUCAGGUACAGAAUUUAUAGUCAAUUCCUUGGUGUAACUAUAUAUUUUUUUCUCAUAAAAUUGUUUCUGAUUAUUAUGCACUUGGGUACUUAUUACCCAUUGUAACCCACAUUUUAACCAACAAAUGCUUUUGGUUCACUUAAAUAAGUCAUAUAUUUGUCUUUUAAAUUUUGCUGUUACAUUAAACUAGGUCAGUAAUAUUUGUAAUGUAAAUGUAAUGAAGGAUGUUGCUGUCUGGUUUGGUUUCUCCCAGCUUAUAGGUGCUUUAAGUAUAUUUAUAUUUGCUUGACAUCAUGAUUUAGAUGUCAUUAAAUUGUUGCUUUCUUUUUGGUUGGGAAUCAUAUUUGGUUUUAAAUAUAUGCAAGUUUUAAUAAUCUUGUCCAUCAUUUCUAACAGACUUGGUUUGGUGUUCUUUGGUUAGUCCUUUAGUGUGGCUGCUAUGUAGAUGGCUAAUUAACUGUUGCACAUAUUUUAUGCUAUAAUUGUACGGUUUGGAGCUAGAAAGUCUGUUCAGUCCACCCCAACCCCCAAGGUUUAUGCAAAGAAAAUAAAUGAAAUGUGCUAUUGCAUCAUGGCACAGGGCGAUUUUCAGGGCAUGUUACCUUUCCUUUUUACAGGUUAAUUGGUGCCUCAAAUAUGAUUGUUGGGUCUUUUGAAUAUUUUAUUCUGAAUACACUAAUAAACUUAUUUUGGUA